AUUUUACAGAUCAUCAACUAUGCAGAUCAACAGAAUGACAACUCCGCUGCUGCGCAUCAAUCGGUGUGGUGAAUGAAACGGACUUUUGUGGCACGAUCGGCCGACACGGACGACAGCACGGCACAGCACGGUCGCCGAUCCGACCCGGCGCACCGCGGCUCUUCAUCCCCCGUGAGAUCUCGUGACUAAUCGGCAAGGCGAGUGGAGCCGGAGCAUGUAACCAGGCGCGGAUAGGGAUUCAAUGAAAACAACGUAGAGCCAGAACGCGAUGUUCAGAUAAAUAUGAAUAAAUUCUGAAGGAUCGAGUAACUGCUGGAUAAAGAGAUUUGAAGAUGAAUUGGCCACUGGUGCUGACUUGCUUCCUGCUACCGCAGUCGUGCAUUCUGGGCGCAUCGCGUGGCUGCACGUUCCCGGAGGAGUGGUACGGCCGGUGGUUCCAGUCGGGGAAUGCCGAGCUGCUGACCGUCAACGGCUCCGAAAUCACCAGCAAGGGCCUCUGCGUCGAGAAAGACGGCGACAAGUUUCUCGUUCACGACACGAAGUAUAGUUGCUACCGGUGCAUUGUGAUGCAUGCGCAACACGCCAACGUGCUGCAGUAUAAAGAAACUUUUUGCACGCCCGGGGAAGAGAGUCUGUCAGCAAAAUGCAGCACGUUGACCAGCGACGCCAUUCUGAUCUCUCUGUUUCGCAACAAUGCAGCGCAGCUGCCCUGUCCCAUUAAGGGCCCGUUGGAGUUCACGUAUAGCGUGAAUGAGGGCGAGUGCAAUUGGCCGCGGUCACGAGCGGAAGCGUGCACGCAGGACUCGCGUCUGCUUUUGCGCUAUCAAGCGUGUGCCAACGUUCAUUCGUCUGAAAGCGUAGACGUAGAAUUGGAGUGUCUGGCUCAUUGGAGGGAGGGCAGCACAAAUUACAUGGUCGCGCGUUUGUACAGCGAUCGUAACGAUCGUAAAAUAAACGACGAAGAGAGCUACAGAUGCUUUAUUUACACAAAUCCAUCGAACAACACGUGGUAUCUUGCGCAGAGUUCGGACGCCGCCUGCAACGGAUUGAUCAGCGUCAACGAAGCUGCCAGAACGUUCAAAAUGACGCAAAAAAAUCCACCGCAGCGUUGCACGUAUCCGUCCUGGGUGGUGGCCGGUAAAUCGUGGGUGGCUUUGGAUCGAAUGGCUUCUCGGCUCCUGGCGUCGCCUUACAACCUCACGAUCCUCGACGAAACGAGACCCGCCUUGUUUGCCAUUCAGUCGUUCGUGCCACCGAUGAUCGCUCCCUGCUAAUCGAUAGGGAGAAUCAAAAGCAGUUCGUCGCGAAGGUGACGCGAGAUUGCAAGAACGGAUACGUGUGCGUGAUGUUCCACAGGAGGGACGAGCACGUAAUAGAGAUGCAGCUGUCGGAAUGGGGCCAGCAGCCUGAC